CUUUUAGACUCUUUAAUUUCAUCAACUUUCUUUACCUUCUUCUCUCUCACCCUCUCUGCACCAAAACUCAACAAAUGUCCAAACAAAUUGGCCUUUUGAUCUCAUCAUGUUGGAUGAUCACACUCCAUCACUGCUAAAUCACAAUCCCAGAUGGUAAUCAAUCUCUUAUCUUUAUGAAGGGCCUUGGACUUGCAGGUAGAGGAGGAUCAAGGAGGGUUCAAUGGGUCAAGUUCUCUCCAACAUUAUUCAAUUUGCAUAUCAUAAUCUGCUCAGACUAGGUCAUAAUCUGCUAGUUCCUCCCCCAACUCCAACCUCAACAAAUGAAUCAAACACAAGCUCUUUUACUGCAUUACUACCAACACCCCUCAGUUACGCGAGUGGUGCAGAGGAUUAUGAUUUGGAAAGGCAAAGUCAUAAUCUUCUACUUCCAACCACACAAAAUGAAUCAAGAACUAGCUCAGCUGGUGCAUUACUACAAACCCCACUUAGUUCAUCAUCAAGCUCAUACUCAUGCAGUGACUUGAGCACAACUGGUUCAUCAAUUCAUCUAUCUAGUUUGGACUUACAUGGGGUCUCAAAUACAAGCUCUUCUGCAUUGCAUCAUAUUGCACUGGGUUUUCACCAAUGCUUGAACUCAAAUACGGACUCGAGCACAACUAGUGCAUUGCAUCAGAACUCGCACGGCGACUUGGGCACAGCUUGUGCUUUGCAGCAAGAAAUACUGAUUGACUUGGGCACAGCUUGUGCUUUGCAGCAAGAAAUUCAUAUUCAAUGCAUAUGUGGUGAAGCAGAGGAUGAUGAUUUGGAAAGGCAAAGUCAUAAUCUGCUUCUUCCAACCACACAAAAUGAAUCGAGAACUAGCUCAGCUGGUGCAUUACUACAAACCCCACUUAGUUCAUCAUCAAGCUCAUACUCAUGCAGUGACUUGAGCACAACUGGUUCAUCAGUUCAUCUAUCUAGUUUGGACUUACAUGGGGUCUCAAAUACAAGCUCUUCUGCAUUGCAUCAUAUUGCACUGGGUUUUCACCAAUGCUUGAACUCAAAUAUGGACUCGAGCAAAACUAGUGCAUUGCAUCAGAACUCACACGGCGACAUGGGCACAGCUUGUGCUUUGCAGCAAGAAAUACUUAUUUCUUCAGAAAGCUUGGAGUCACUAGGUGACUCAAGUACUAGUAGCCCAUUAGAAGAAGUACCUAUGGUUCUAUAUUCAAGCACAGACAUACUCAGCAAUUCACGUACUUAUGUUCCAACAUUAGAUCCACAUUUCGGUGUUGAUUUAAACAUUGAAGUUGUAGAAAAAAAGAGACAAGCUAUUCCAGUUCUCUCACAUGUAAACUCAAUAGAGCCAAGUGGAAAGGAAAGAGAAAGGGAAAGGGAAAGAGAGAGGAAAAAAGAGAAGGUAAGUAAGGGAGUGGUGAUAAAGGAGAGAUGGAUAAAACAUUAUAGUAGUCAUCAAAAAAUUCUAUUAGUGGGUGAAGGGGACUUCUCAUUCUCUGCUUGUUUGGCUGUGGCUUUUGGUUCUGCCAACAACAUGAUAGCAACUUCCCUUAAUUCUCAAGGGUUUUUGAGAAAAAAUUAUGGCAAAGCGAGUUCCAACAUUGAAAAAUUAAGGAGUAGAGGGUGUAAGGUCACGCAUGGUGUGGAUGCCACUGAAAUGGCUAAACAUUUGUUAUUCGAGAGCAUGGAAUUUGAUUGCAUUAUUUUCAAUUUCCCGCAUGCUGGCUUUCUUAAUCAUGAAUCCCGCAAGUCAGAGCUUCGACGACACAGAAAACUAGUACGGGAGUUUCUAGCGAAUGCCAAGAAAAUGAUCUCAAAAAAUGGAGAAAUUCAUAUUUCCCACAAAUCAAAUAGCUUCUUCUUGGAAUGGAAUGUGGAAUUCCUGGCAUCACAGGCGGGACUUCGAGUUAUUGAAGCGGUGGAUUUUAAUCUGAAUGACUAUCCAGGCUACCACACCAAAUAUGGGUUUGGAGGUGACAAAAAUUUCAACUGCAACCCCAGCAAAACUUACAAAUUUGGGCUUAGAAAAAAUAUAAAAAAUACACUGUACUACUGCUAAUGCUGUAAAUUUCACUUAUUGCAUUGUUACUGUUAUUUUGAUACUUGUUGUAACGAACUUUUAUUGUGUGUAUAUACUGCUAUGAAUGAAUGCAAAGGUUUGUGUUUAAAAUAUGAGAAA